CCCAAUCCUUGCUGACAGUAAUAUUGAGAAGCUUCAUAAAGAAGUUUUAUGUCCUAAAUUAACUUUGAUCGCUUAAGUGAUUCUAAGACGCAGUAAAUACGGAACCAGUUCGGUAUAUAAAUAACGCUAGAGUUGUUUAGUCCAAAACCCUGACAAUAUGUUAUUCAGCCCCAACUCUUUGACCGAAUGUUUACAGGAAUGGGAAGAUAUCGAAAAGGAUUUUCAACAAGUUCAGGAGACGCAUCGCCUCUACAAACAAAAGCUGGAAGAGGUUUCCAAAUUACAGAAUAGCUGUUCUACUUCUAUUUCACGACAGAAGAAAAGGCUAAAAGAGCUCUCAGCUUCUCUUCAAGGAUGUAAACAGAAAGGUAGCCCAGAGGACAUAAGCACUAUAGAUCGAAUUCAAGAAUCAGUGAAAGAAAGACCAAAUGUAUUUUUCGAGAUGGAGGCCUUCCUUCCAAAGAAAAAUGGGUUAUACCUCAGUCUUGUGCUUGGAAAUGUCAAUGUUACCCUUCUUGACAAACAAGCUAAAUUUGCCUAUAAAGGUGAAUAUGAAAAAUUCAAGCUUUACCUGACUGUUAUACUUCUACUUUUCUCCUUUACAUGCCGGUUUGUGGUCAGCUACAGAGUGCUUGAUGCACUUUUCAACUUUCUGUUGGUGUGGUAUUACUGCACAUUGACGAUAAGAGAGAGCAUACUCAUUAAUAACGGCUCUAAGAUUAAGGGCUGGUGGGUAUUUCAACAUUAUGUUUCAACUUUCCUCUCUGGAGUAAUGCUGACUUGGCCUGAAGGAGACCGCUACCAAAUGUUUAGGAACCAGUUCCUGUCUUACUCUAUGUAUAUAAAUUUUGUCCAGUUUCUUCAGUACUAUUACCAGAGUGGUUCUCUUUACCGACUUCGUGCUUUGGGAGAGAGACACAACAUGGACCUCACAGUUGAGGGAUUUCAGUCCUGGAUGUGGAGGGGACUAACUUUUCUGUUGCCUUUUCUUUUCUUUGGCCAUUUUUGGCAGCUCUACAAUGGUAUCACACUUUUCCAAAUGGCUCACCUUCCAGACUGGAAGGAGUGGCAGGUCCUCAUGUGUGGGUCCACCUUUCUUGUCCUGUUUAUGGGAAACUUCUUCACAACACUGGGUGUAGUUUACCAAAAAUACACAAAUCAGGACAAAGCAAAAGAUUUAUGAAUGGAAGCACUAAAAGUCUUUGUCCACAGAAAAAUCCUUUUUAGAUACAUAUGUUUUCAUGCCCUUGUUUGUAUUGUAUAUUAUUGUUUGAUUUUUAAACUUUAGUUUCACUCUGUACUGCAAAUAUGUGAUUUUACAAUUUUUUUAAAUGACAAAGUUAAUGCUUAGUGUUUAUACCGUCAUUAGUAAAAGAAGUAAGGUAAUGUUUUAUACUGUAACUCCUCAGGGUUCAGGCCUGAUUCUGAGGAUGUGCUGCUUUCUGUGUGGAGUUUUCUUCUUGUCAGUUUGGAUUUUUUUCCACAGACCUCCGGAGUCCUCCAGUUUCUUUCCCAUCUGGUCAAUGGAUUGGCUACACAAAAUUGCCCUAAGUGUGACUGUAUGUGUGUGUGUGUAUGUACAUGUCCUGUCACGAUCCAAGGUAUAUUCCUGUUUUAAUAUUCCAAGGGUAGGUUGGGUAGUGAGCCACUGUGAAGCAGACCAUGACAAAUGACCACAGUGUAAAAAUAUGAGUACUAUAAAUAAAAACCUUAAACAAAGAUUACUAAA